AUGGCAGUCGACUACGAAGGACAAGCGAGCGAGGAUCCGUCAUGCAUCAUACAAGCACUCUUUCGUGCUCAGCACGCAAGUGCAUCCGACAACUUUCCACGCCUGGUUGGGGAACACUUCGCCAAACUGUUUGAAUCCGAUGGGUCUCUGAACAAAAUCCCCGCCCUAGGAUUGUCUCGUCCUGCAAGAUUCCACAAGGAUCGUACACUGGUACGGUUCCGUGCAAUGGUUCAAGACACCUCACUCUCUCCGGAGAUGUACCUUUCGAAGCUAGAGAGUGGUGACAGUGGAGGAUGGGGUAUCUAUGAAACUCAAGGCGCGAGCAGCUCAAACGCCAGCGACGACGUUCAAUAUGCAAAUCUUCGGGAGUGCGACAUCGUUUGGGCUGUCAGCGUUCCUGCUGAGUCGCAAUGGAGUGCAGAAGAGCUCGAUGGUUCUUCUCCAGAGAGGUCCUCCCGUGAGGGUGAGCUUGCGUCCCCCCCGCCUGCUGCCCUGUACAAGUAUCCCCACCCUGAAACAGAGCAUGUCGGAGUUCAAGUAAAGAUCUAUGACAAAGAUGGCCUGGAUGUGCCCAAGUCCACCGAUGUGGUGACCUUUGUCGGAAUUUUAUCCGCUGAGCCAUGUUGCUUGGACGAUAUGCAAGAAACGCCUCCAGAAGUGCCGACUUUGCACGUCCUUUUUUCAAAGCCACACACAUCCAACAUACUGUUACGAGACUUCCCUCGUGCCGCAUCCGUAGCCAACGAUACUCAAGAACCCUCUGCUUUGCGAGAGGAGCUGAUCUCAUGGAUUGCCGAGGAGUCUCUCGCAGGAGACCGCCACGCUGCGGAAUGGGUCCUUCUCUCCGCUAUCGCCAGAGUUCAAUCCCGCACACCGCCACUAUAUCCACCCACCCUCACAAUCUCACAGUUCCCUCCGCCCCCGCCUGUUCCGUCCACUAGCUCUUCCCUUUCCCUGCCCCUCCCUGCGCUCAGCUGGGUGCUCUCCGCACUCCUGCCCCUGGCGCACACCCUGCCACUUUCGCUCGACAGCCUCAACAAGAGCAGCUUCGCGCCGGAGAGCAAAAACGAGGACCUGCACGCUGGUGUCCUGCAGCUGCCUCAAGGCACCCACCUCCUUGUCUCCGAGGGUGGCGUGCGUGAGGGCCAGCUCGUCGAGAAAGGGCUCCGGAACGUCCGCGCGCUACAGGAAGUCAUGGACAGCCAGACCCUCGCCUACACCUUCCCGUUCAGCCAGUACUCGUUCCCCACGGACAUCACCGCCGUCGUCCUCGCGGAAGGCCGCAAAAGCGCGUUCUUCAAGACGCAGUUGAGCGUGCCGCUCGGCGUACCGCACGACCCGGAGGUUGUCUCGAGGCUGUACAAAUCGAAGGAGCAGGUGCGGAUGCCGCCGCCGGCGACGCUCGCGGCGUUUCGUGACCUCGUGGUGGGUGCGCGGUGUGGGAAGGUGCAGGUGCCCGAGGCGACGUCCGAGCACGUACAGGCCCAGUUUGUCGAGUCGCGGCGAGGCGACAGGAGCAUAACCGCGGACGACUUGAUCAGGGAGAUGUCAAUUGCGAAGUUGUACGCGCUGUCACUCCAUGAACCGACCCUCAGCGUCGAAACAUGGCAGCGUGCGAAGGCCUUCGACGAGCGACGCAAGGCCGCCGUCGCCACCUCCUGA